AUGCUAAUGGUCCAUCUCCAUGGACCAAAGUAUGUCAUUCACAUGAAAACUGUAGAUAAGUUUGAAAUUGACAAGCCAGGCAAUUUUAAUAUAUUUAUUUACAGUGGUAUAUUUAAAAUAAAUUUAAGUAAAAGAAACUUUAGUGAAGUCAUUUGGAAAGAAAAUAUUAUUGAACAUUUAUUGAAAAAUAUACGACGCACUAUUGAUUAUAAAAUUAUAUUUGGUCCCUCAGCUGACACGUUAGUGAAAGAAGUAAAUUUAGCUGGUAAAACUUGUCUCAUAACGGGCGCAGACGGCGGCAUCGGAUCAGAAAUUACCCGCUGUUUAAACUUACGAGAUUGCAAAGUACUUAUGGCUUGUCGCAACGUUUACAAAGCUAACCAGGUCGCCAACCAAGUUUGUGAGAAGAUCGAUCUCGUCACUCCCUAUGAAAUCAAUCUAGCGUCCUUAGCAUCUGUUAAACGUUGUGCUAGUCGCAUAAUUGAAAAUGAAAAGCAAAUCGAUAUAAUUCUUUUAAACGCUGCUACGUUUGGCAUACCCUGGACUUUAACAGAGGAUAGUUUUGAAACUACUUUCCAAGUGAAUUUCUUGAGUCAAUAUUAUCUAUUACUCUGCCUUGCAAAAAUUCUUGCACCUGACGUACGUGUUGUGAUAACCUCAUCGGAGUCACAUAGGAAUCUUAAAUGGGUUUCGUCUUGGCCAAAUAUUGAAGAUAUUUCUUUACCAAAAGAAAAAUAUACCUCUAUUAAAUCUUACAAUUUAUCAAAAUUAUGUGGCGUACUACUAAUGCAUUACUUAAGCUGCCAGUGGAAAGACACGAAUAAAUCUAUAUUUUGUGCUCAUCCCGGUUCUUUUAUUAAAACCGGCCUAUGUCGCAAUUGGUGGGCAUAUGAAGCGUUGUACACAAUAAUGUUACCUUUCUCCAAAACCAUCAAUCAAGGAGCCAGCACGGUUGUUUAUUGUGCUACUUCGUCAGAUCUCAAAGGAAUGACCGCUGUAUAUUUUAAAAAUUGUAAAAGAUGUGAGGAGAGCGACGUGGCUAAAGAUUUAUAUAUGGCAUUCAAGCUUCAUGACUUAGUAUUAGACGUUCUUCGUGAACGAGUAACUGAUUUCGACAACCUUAUUAAUGCCUGUACC